UUGUUGCUGUGAAUUGCGGCGUACCGCAGAUACACCGCAGCACAAAUCUGAAAAUUGCAGGAAAUCGCAACUGGAAACUAUGUGAAAAGGGGCGCAAGUAGUAUUCCGCUUUUCAAAAUUCCGUCGCUCGCCCUUUUUUAUUUUAUUUACUUAUUUUUUUUUUUUAGUGUUGUUUUUACUUUAAAGAUACAAAUCGGAUUUUCGUUAGCUAUCAUGCCUUUGGGGAAGAAGCUGCGACCAAGUUCGGCUACUGCCAAAUUAGAAUCCCAUGCUGUUACAAGUAUUCUGGAUGAGAUACACACUUCAGCAGCUAAAGUCCCAGUACUUCAGAGGGCAAGUACAGCAUUAGGAGGAAGAAGAACAGCAGCACAUCCUUUAGUCAGUAAUGGCAGAAGGGAAUCACAUGACCAGAGCCAUACGUACCCAGAAUGGCUGGAGAAGGAACUUCUGAAAUGGAAACAGAGAAGUUAUUCCAUCGGGCUUGCUGAAAAUAUUGCUGAGAAUGAGAAUGUCCAGUAUCAUGGGGAUCCUACAAGAAGUCUCCGGAAAGGAAAGAUCGAACAGCAUGUUACAUUGGAACAUCUUCAGAAACUUAAAGCAGCAUUUGAGGAGUUUGAAAGCAGAGAGAGAAAGUUCUUGGAUGAACAAAGUUUCAAGCAAAUUGUUAAAAAAUGCCUGGGACUACGUACUGCUAGUGAUGAACAGAUUGGAGAACUUUUUAUGAAAAUUGAUUAUUCUGCAAAAGGGGCCGUUCAGUGGGAUGCGUUUUGCACCUAUAUGCAGUUGGAAUACACAGAGAAGGAAGAAUCAUCUGCACGGUUGAAGGAAGUUGCAUUUACUUUACCUGCAACAAUUAAAGAAAUUUCCCAUGGUGAGCCAGUCCUACGCAUCUGUUCUACACCUGACAACAAUUUCAUAAUUGUCCGAGAGGAUGGUACCAUCUAUUUUUAUACAUCAGAGCUAAAACUGAAAUGGUGCCGUGCAGUUUUUGAAAAAACAGUUAACAGGAAGCCAAAAUGGAUUACAGAUUACACCAUCAUGACACACUACAACAAGUUCAUCCUGGGUACUGGCGAUCGUGAAAUACAGCUUUAUGAGCUCUCUACUUUUGAACCAUACUGUCAGAUCAGUGGCCUUGAAACAGUACCUCUCCGAUUGGAUUACUGCUUAACAGGCCCUGACGAGUGUAUGAUUCUGUAUGGUGAUGAUAAGGGUUGUGUAAAUAUUCUCCAGCUGACCUCUGUGGGUGAAACACUAAGAACCUGGAAAAAACUUCCAAAAGCUGAAAACCUACCAAACAUUGGAAUCGAAAAUGCUGCGCUUUCUCCCAAUGUAACUUAUGUCCGAUGGAAAGUACAUGAAGACUGGGUUACACAGCUAAAAUAUUAUGAUUCCAUAACAGCUGUAAUUUCUUCUUCAAAUCAUGAACCAACUGGGCUAGUGAUAGGCUGUACAGUUGGUGGCACUAACAUUGAGCAACAGCUGAAAGAAGUGAAGGACUCUGGGAAAGAGGGAAAGGGAAGAAGAGGUCUAGGAGCACCUGGACUGCCACAGAAACGGUCUGAAGAUGACCAGACAGUGUUUCGGGUCUACAAAGGAGUCAAAACAUUCUCAUUCUGUAAAACAAACAACCUUUUAGUAACAGGUGGAAUGGAUAGAACCAUUCGAAUGUGGAAUCCCUAUGUUCCUGGAAAACCAACUGGAUUGCUGAGGGGGCAUACUGCACCUGUAGUUUUCCUGCAGAUUGUUAUGGAAGACAAGAGAAUUUUUUCUGUCUCUACAGACAGCAAUGUUAAGAUCUGGGACAUUCAAGACCAGACUUGUUUGUUUACAGCCAAUCCAAAAGCUAGCAGGAUUAGAGGAGACAUCACAGCGUGCCAUUAUGCGCCAGGUGUCAAAGCACUUUGCAUUGCAACAGAUUCCAUUGCUCUCCUGUCACUAAAGAUAAAGCCUCAGCCUCAGUCAGAUCAGCUGGUUUCCCACAAAGAGCCUGUUCUGUGUUGUGGGUUCAACAAGGCAUUCAGACAAGUAGUCAGCUGCACAGAAGGAUCGGCUAUCAAAGUGUGGGACCUUGAAAGUGGAAAACAAGUAUUUGAGUUUGGUGGUGCCCAUGGAGAUUCCGCCAUAACCUGUAUGACCUUUGACACAAGUGGCAGAAGGUUAGUGACAGGUGGAAGAGAUGGGUGCUUGAAGAUCUGGAACUAUAAUAAUGGGCAUUGUCUGCGCAUCUUACGACCAGUGGACUCAAGUGAAGAGGUCUGCGACUGUACCUAUGUAGAGAUGAACAAAAACAGGUACAUCAUGUCAGUUGGCUGGGACAGAAGAAUAAAUAUUUAUUCUGAUUCUGUAAAUGAUUUAUAUCACAUUCAAGGACCUCAGCCUUACUGGCAGGAUGACUUGAAACGUGGACACAAGGAAGAUAUUUUGUGCAUUUCCCAGUGCCCGCCAACCCUCCUUGCCACUUCCAGUUAUGACGGGGAAAUCAUUGUUUGGAACAUGGUGUCUGGUCAUAUCUACUGCCGGCUUCAUACUCCGACUUCCACAGAAUGCAGAAGUACAAAAUCUGCAGAAAAGAAUGUCAAUAAAGUUGUAUUUUUGAAGACUCGUGCCCUUAAACUGCAGUCAGCAGCUUCUCUUGUCUCCUGUGGACCCCAGGGUUCUGUCAACUUUUGGAACUUGUUUAACGGAGGGCGCCUUUUUGCAACUUUGAAAGAGUCUAGAGUGAAGUUUGGGAUAAGCACUCUUACUGUAAACAAAGAUGACACAUCCCUUUAUGUAGCAGACCAUGCAGGGUUUGUGUAUGUUUAUAACAUAAGCAGUUAUUCCCUUCAUGGUCCUGAAGUGGAGUCACCAAAAAAUACUAACCACUGGAGGGCACACUUAAGUACAGUCACAAGUCUGAAACUGAUAGAAGAAGACAGAGUACUGCUUACCUCUUCAACUGACUGCACUGUCCGCCUUUGGAGUAUGGAUGGAGAAUUUAUAGGAACCUUUGGACAGCCAGAGCCUUGGGCACUAUUCACGUCAGCAUCAUGGAAGCACCCGAUGAUCCCAUAUGAGAUUUUAAUCGAUCCGUUAAGCAUGCCUGUGCAUCCACUGCUUGAACAUGAUGAAUCCGACAUGCAGAUUUCUAAUCCAACCCAACAUGAAGAAAACAAUAAAAAAUCCAGUACUAAGCCUGAACUAAAUAUUUCACAGCGAUUGUCUCAGUUGAAUACUACGGAUGAUGACAUCAAACAAGAAAUUGAAAGCCACACUUACCCCCAAAUUCUGGGAAAAAGGUUGCAGCAUGAGAGAUUCAGGAACUUAAAUAAGCCACUCAACCAUGGAGGCCCAAAUGCCUAUCACACUCUAAAGUAUUAUGACCUUGUUAAUCCUCCAUUUGUUUGUGAGAAACCAGAUCUGUCUGCAGCUGGCACUGACCCUUUUAUUCAUUAUCAUGAAGACAACGAUUCAGUGUAACAGGAAAACAAAUAACUUUUCUACAAGUAGAAUAAGCAGUGAGCUUAUUCGUGUCGUUGUAAAUCUUCAGGUUUCGGGUUGUAAUCUAAUUGUAAUCACUGGAAUGCUGUUGUCCACGCAUGACCAAAUGAAGAAAAAAAAAUGACUCUUCAGUUGCAAUCAAGUCACAAUUUUUUUUCAGAGUCAAGCUUUAUUUUAAGCAGCAGAUGGAAUGAGGUAUGCUGAGUUGCAGCACUUUUACAUAUACAGUUCAGAAAUACGUACAGCAUAUAAUACAAAAUGCUGGUACAGUACAAAAGUAUAAAUCAUAAAAAAUAUGAAGCAUAGAAACUUACUUUGCUCAGCCCCUCCUAACAACUAGCUGUAGUGUGUCUGUCUUUUCCUUAGCCUAUAUACUCAUAGGACAGCAGAGGUGGCAGGAAUGCCUACCGUCAUGUAGAGCAGUGGCGACAUUUUUUCAUGAUUGUCAUUAUACUUUGACAAACAGUAGUACCUGAAUACUUGUAAGAAUACGCUUCUGCAUGCACAACCUAUUGUGGUUGGUCUUGUGUACUGCAACUGAGCAUGCAUCUUCCUCCCAGCUUUUCCCUUCCCCCAAAAGAGUGAUAGGCACACCUCCAGCAGUGUUCCUCUCCUGUCCACUCAGCCCCCUAACAUCCAGGGUUAGAUCCCAAAGGUGUGUAGCAGUGAUACAGAGAUCUUCCACCAAGAAACAGUUGCUGCCCUCGAGCUUGCAAAAGAACGCCCCUCCAAAUAUAGAUGAGUAAUGAUGGGGACCAUGCACUAG